AUGUCUAACGCUACUCUUGAGGAUCUCGCUGAGGCUGUGAAGGCUGGUCAGAAGCUCAUCAUUGUUGAUGUUAGAAGUGAUGAUGAAGUGAAGAAUAAGCGGUCAAACCCUGGAAGCAUCCAUAUCCCUAUCACUGAGUUCAACGACAGGGUGAGUGAAGUUCCCAAGGGCCCUGUUAUCGUUCACUGUGCUGUCGGAAUGAGAGCUAAGCGCGCUGGUGACGCGUUGAGAGCAGCUGGUUAUCAUCUUGUUAUGGAUGUGACUGAUUGCGCUGCAGCUAAGGAGACUGUUGAGAAGGCUGAGGAGCUCGCGAAGAGAAUGUGA